CGGGAGUUUCUGUCAAAAUAAAUCGCGAAAAUGACGGUGAAUAUGACACCUUUUUACAAAUAACGGUUCAUUUUUCAGAUACGAAGCAAUUUCAGUGAUGACUUGUCACGCUUUAUAAUGUGGCUCAGUUUGUAACAAGCCAUCAAAAUGGAAGAAGUGAAUAAACUAAAGAAAGAGCUGAAAGUGUGGGAAACACAAUUCUAUAAAGACCACGCCCGAAAGCCGAGUAAAAGUGAUAUUGACACAGCACCUGACACAAUAAAAGAUGCUUACUCAAAGUACACUAAAAUCAAGAAAAUCCUCACUGGGUCAGUGAGCAGUGGACCACAGCGAGAUGAAAGAGAGGGAAAAGAGAACCAGUAUACUGACCAACACACCGCACAGGUUACGGCCAAGGAGGGAAAAGGCAUUGAGGAGAACACAGAGUGUGGCUCAGGGUCGGACGAUGCGGCUCUGGGCAGUGGUGAAGAUGCUGACCAGGUGGGAGAUGAGGUAGAUGGUGAAACAGUCGAGGUGUGGGGCAGUCAAUUUAAUAGGUAUAAAUGGAGUCGAUGGAAGAAAGUCUCCGCUGAAAGUUUGAAAGGAGGUGAAGCUGGCAAAGGAAUGGGUGCCCAGCCUGCGUUCCUAAAGAAUCUUGGGCGGAACAUGUUUGAACAGUCCCUUAAGAUGGGAAGUCAGCAGGGAGUGAAACCAUGGAAGAAGCCAGACACUCCCAGACGAGGCCCAGUAUCCUCUGUACGAGGGAGACAUGCCCCUCCCACCAGUAAACUAGUGCAGGACCCAGUUAUUGAAGAGCAGUCUGAUAAUUCAAAAGACUCAAAAUCAAAAUUCGACACCACAGCUGAGAGUACAACGGUCGAUUGUGAACCAUCCUUUCCUAGUUUGUUCAGAAAAGCAGCAACUCUUACAAAGCAGAAAUUCACAAAGUCUGAUGAAACAAAUGAACCACUUUUCAACAAAUUCCAGUCCACAUCAAGACAAAACAAAAGCUUUUUGUCUGGAAAGUUGUCACAAAUGGUCACUAAACAUAGAGAGAGUAUGAACUUUGAUGAAGGAGAGGACAAUGAAGAAGUGGAAGAAACAUUUCCAGGUGUUGUUCAUGAUAUUGAGGAGGAAGAAGUUGAUAAAAAUGCAGUGUCUCACUCAUGGAAUAUGUCUGUUAGUAGACUUAUAAGUCAGGAUGAAGAUGAUGAGAGAAAGAGAAAAAAUGCUGAGAAAAGAAAGAAAGUUCAGGAAGAAAAGAAGAAAGCUCUCGAAGAAAAGAAGAAAAUUAUGGAAGAGAAAAAGAUAGCAAAAGGUAUGGUGGCUAAGGGUAAGACUGCUGAUCAUAAAACAGACUUUGGUGCUAGAAAAGUAGGAAAUUGUGAUGCUGAUGAGAAGAUCAAGAUAUCAAGAGAUAAAAAUGAGGAGGAGAGUUUGCCAGCAGCAAGUAUUGAUGGCACUGAAGAAAAUAAAAAUGAAAAUGAUCGUGGAAAGGGUGUAAGCAAGGUGAAGGUACAAACAAAACAUAAUGUAGAGAAAGAGUUUAUUGACGAUGAAAUGGAUGCUGAUGAUCUUGAUUACGAGCCAAAACAUGUUACUAGAAUAAGGAAAGGCAGGGCUCCAGUUAUAGAAGAUUCUGAUGAAGAAGGUUACGAUACUAAACGUGAUGACUCUAAAAUAGAAAUGGUAAAACCUGCAGCAUCAAGCAAACAGACAGCGUCUAAACCAAGGAGAAAUACAAAGAAAAGAGUGUUAGAAAGUGAUGAUGAAAUUAAAGAUGGAGAUGAAACUUUGGAUGCUUCUGAUGAGGACAAUGAUGCAGAAGUAGGGAAGAAGAGAAAGAAAACUGUCAAGUCUGGAGCAGCCGCAAAACGGAGGAAAACCAACACAGCAGAGACAACGGGGAGAGAUGAUGAUCGUGCUGCACCUGUGAUCAUUAAAAAGCCAGCUGCCAAGUCCACAGGAAAGGCAGCAUCGAAUGGUAACUUCAUUAAGUUGAACAUGAAGAUAAAGACGUACAAGCGGAAAGGUCAUCACCAAACGGGCCCGCAGUACAAGCGUAUGAUGUGGAAACAGAAGAUGCAGGCCCGCAGCAAGAGUCGCGGAGAUGCAUGCUUUAAGUGUGGUCAGAGUGGCCACUGGGCCAACAAAUGUCCUGGAGCAGGAGCAUCUAAUGCUGCAGCCAAGUAUGAGCGCGAGCCGGUGAAUGAUGAGGACUUUCCCAGCCUCCAGGAGGCUGUCAUGUUGGCCCGUGGGUGUAAACAACCAUUGAAGAAAAAACCCACAGGUGCUGCCCAAGCUAGUGGUCAGGUGUCCUUGGAGAAGAACUCCAGUGAUUCAGUUGCUAUGGAUACAUCUGCUAUGGACCAGGUUGCUACCGAGGAAGUUGCUAUGGAGGAUGAGGAACUGGAGGUGGAGUCAGGAAUCACAAGGACCCACCGGGAGCAAGUUGCUGCCCCACCCCCAACAAAACCUCUGUUGGAGUGUGGGGAGGGGGAGACUCUUCCAGCUGUUCCUGAAGAGGUGUGGCGUGGCUUGCGCAAGUUUGGGUUUGACAGUUUCAGGCCUGGACAGCAGGAGGCAGUAAUGAGAAUCCUCUGUGGUUUGUCAACUCUGGUGGUGUUGUCUACGGGAGGUGGGAAGUCUCUGUGUUACCAGCUGCCAGCCUACCUGUACGCCCAGAGGGCUCCCUGUAUCACCUUAGUUGUCUCCCCUCUUGUGUCCCUUAUGGAAGACCAGGUGACAGGGCUUCCCAAGGGAAUCCAGGGUGUAUGUCUGCACACGAACAUGACAAAAACCCAGCGAGAAAACGUCAUUGAAUCUGUUAAGUCUGGGAAAGCCCAGUUCCUGCUUGUCUCCCCUGAGGCGAUAGCAGGCGGAAGCAUGUCACUAUUGUCAGUCAUGAGCGGGCUGCCUCCAGUGGGGUUUGUGUGUAUUGAUGAAGCCCACUGCCUGUCCGAGUGGUCCCAUAACUUCCGACCCUCGUACCUUAGACUCUGUAAGGUGUUAAAGGAUCGCCUUGGAGUUCGAUGUUUCCUUGGUCUAACAGCGACGGCCACCAUGUCUACAGCAUGUGACGUUAGUCGUCACCUUGGGAUCAGCGACUUUGCCCGGGCAACUGUUAGAGGCUCACCCAUUCCCUCUAACCUUGUCCUCUCAGUGUCCUGUGAUCCUGACAGAGAUCAGGCUUUGACGGGGUUGUUAAAGGGUGAAAGAUUUGGCACCUUGGAUUCCAUCAUCAUUUAUUGUACACGUCGUGACCAGACGGACAAAGUUGCCACAAUAAUCAGGACAUGUAUGAACACAGGCGUACCUACAGAGAAGCUAAUUGACAAAGGAAGACGACGUCAGCGUCCCACACUUGAGUGGAGUGCAGAGAGCUACCACGCUGGGCUCACUGCUGCUGCCAGGAAACGUGUACAAAAUUCUUUCAUGGGCGGGAAACUUCGCGUUGUAGUUGCCACUGUGGCGUUCGGUAUGGGGCUCGACAAGUCUGAUGUCCGAGGAGUGAUCCAUUACAAUAUGCCAAAGUCAUUCGAGAGCUACGUGCAGGAGAUAGGCCGCGCAGGAAGGGAUGGAGAAAGGGCUGAGUGCCAUGUCUUCCUGGACCCUGAGGGUCGGGACCUGUGUGAACUUCGGAGACAUACUUAUGCCAACACGAUCGACUACCGCACCCUGAAGAAACUGGUACAGCGGGUUUUCCCGCCCUGCAGGUGUAGAGAUGUUCAUGAGAUACAUGCCCAGGCGGUCCGAGAGGCUGAAGAAAUGUCCAAAAUGUUUGAUGAAGACAUGGAUGAGGAGUUUGAAUCUGAAAAUCCUGCAAGGAUAGACUGUUCUACACUAGAAACACAUUCAACUAAAAAUAGUCCUGCUAAGGAGGAUGGAAGAACAGACAAAACUAGUGACACUGGAGAAACUCCUGCGGGUGAAAAUCCUUAUGUUAACAGCUGUCAUAUCGGUGAAGAUAGUCAACAUGGUAAGCAAGGUAACAGCAACAGCGAUGAAAAUGGGGAGACCAUAAAGUUGAGUGACUGUGAUGGUCCAAAUGGUGGUGAGUCCAAUUCCGCAGGUCCCAGACAUAAGGAGAGGUUGUGUCCUGGACAUGAAAGGGCCCUGCCUAUUCAACAAACCGUCUUGGAUUUGGAUGUCAAAGAGGAAGGCAUAUCGACAUUACUAUGUUACCUGGAGUUACAUGACGGCCAGUGGGUUGAGAACUUGUCAAAUGUGUACGCCAAUUGCCGUGUACAGUGCUAUGGAGGGCCAGCCCAGCUGCAGGCAGUAUCUAAAAAGUGUCCCCCAAUCGCGGUCGCCAUUGCCAGGGCAAGACGGGAUGGGACAAGCUUUACCAACACCAACAGUAUAGAGUUCUCCGUUAUUGAUGUUAGCGACAUGAUGGGAUGGGACAGCGGCCCUGUCAAGAGAGAACUAAAACUACUCCUGUGGAAUUUUGAUGGAGGCAAGCCAGUUAGGACAGGUACAAUGGUGGAAUUUACAGACCUAGCCUUCCACUUCCGAUCCCCGGGGGAUUUCACUACUGAUGAACUGGAUGACAUCUUGCAGUUCCUUCAUACAAGGGCUCAGCGCCAAGAGAGAUCUGAGAUAGCUAAUCUCUCCAGUCUCUAUGAGGCACUGAAAGGAGUGUCACAUAAGAACUACUGGAUGUGUGCUGAUGACGUGGAUAUGACGCGUAAUGACAAACUCAAGGGAAUUCUGAACCAGUAUUUUGACAAACAGGAACAUGAUGCUCCAGAUCUGGACAGUCUAACUACCCAACCAGUACCAGAGUUCAGUGAGGGUCAGCUUAUAUCAGACAUCCGUUGCUUCUGCAACUUAUACGGACAAGAGCAUACACUGACAGGGCGAGCUAUAGCCCGGAUAUUUCACGGGAUCGCCAGUCCUUGUUUUCCCGCCACAACUUGGGGCAAGGUCCGGCGGUUCUGGAGAAGCCAUCUCGAUGUAGACUUUAAUGCACUCAUGAAAAUAGCUACAAGGGAAUCAAUUCUGUUUAGAACGUGAUUUUCAGUCUUACAAUUAACAUUUCGUGUGUUGCUGUUUCCAAUGGAAUUGAAAUUUUGUAAAAAAAAAAAAAAAUGCAAUUGGUUUUUUGACAAAUGAAGUUAUUUAGUAUAAUGCCAGUGUGUCAAUAGAUACCAUUAAAUGGAAAAUUGUCAUUUAAACUAUAAUCAAAACCAGUGUGUUUUCACUAUAUUUUGUGUUUGUUUUGAAAUGUAUUUCUUGGGUUAGAUACUUUUGUCCAUCUUAAUAUGAGUUGAAUGGAUUUUAUUUAUUAUUUCGACUACUUUAUAUGGUAGCUAGACCUCGUCAGUAUGAAGACAUUGCAGUGUUAAUCUGUUGACUAAGCUAUAUAUGAGGGCUGUUCUUAAAGAUCGUGGACAAGCUUUGUAUUUUAAAUAUCAAUAUUGUUACAUUCUUACAUGAAUGUAACAUUAAUUUAGUGUCAAAGCCACCUAUUUCGAUUCAUUUUAAGGGACAAAUUUUGUAGAUAUGACCGUUUCGUAAUCUAGUAAAGGUUACAAAGGAAAUCAAGAACGGAACGGACGUUUAUUAAGACUUAUAAAUAAGUACAUCGUCUUAACACAUGGAAUAAUAUACAUGUUAAUCUAGUGUAUGUACAUGAUAAAUGAGAGAGUAAGCAUAUAUAAUACAUGACAACAAAGUUUAUGACCGGUAUCGUUGUUCAAGAUAUAAACAUACGUAAGUUUAAGUUGUUAAAGUAUGAUAACAGAGGCUGAACAGUAUAAAGAAUAAUUAUUUAGAGUAGCUUACAAAUACAAAGCGAUUCUUAACGUCAAUGCAGAGCUUAAUCAGCUGACAAUUAUUAACAGUAUAAUAGUUGGUGCUAUUAAAGUACAUAGGGGCGUACAUGAUAAUAGCGUUUAGUGUGUCACAAGAGACAAUAUACAAGAGUCUUUGUUUGAAGAAACAUAGCCUAAUGACAUAUUUAUUUUCCGACGGGAAUACCAAACAUACAUAACAUAUAAAAACAACAAUGAGCUGGUGACCUGGAAAUUAAAACAUAUAGUAUGUUUAUGCGUACAAUUACAAGUCCGAUGGAUUAGAGCACGGUAUAUAAUGUUAACAUUUACACGUUUUCCAGACUGUACGGCCAGUCUACACGCGCACAGUUCCUCUUAUUGACAUAUCACUAUACAAUGAUUUAGUCUUUCAAGAGUAUAACUUAAGGAAAAUCGUAUGCAUUUAAAACAACAAAAUUGUAUUUACCAAUAUGUAUAUUGAAAUUACAGAAUGGUACAGUGAUGGGUAGUUGGUAAAAAUAUUAUACUUAUCCUAGCUAUAUUUUUUUGAAAGUAUUGCUAAGAGGAGGUACUUAAUUUAUUAUGUAGUUGAAAUGCUACCAGAUUCUGCUGUUAUUAUCAGAAACAGAGGCGUACAAAGACAUGUUGCUCCUAUGAUCGGGUCAAUCCCUACCUACAGGUAACCAUCCAAAUCUCUGCCCGGGCACCGUCCUGACAAUAUCAGCACCUACCACUGUGUAAGAAUGUUAAUUGAAAAUGCCAAAUCGUAACACUCUAACAAAUACUUGCCGAAAAACACAAAAGUAGUUGCAUGUGUUCGACAGAUGUUAAUGAUAUAUAAAUUUGAAACCAUCAUGAAUAUUUAUUAGCCCUUAAUAUUUAUUUGAUACUUUUUGUCCAUAUGCUAAAUGCCUGAUGAAAUCUAUUCUGGUACUUGAAUGCCACAUGUUGUCCAGUGGGUGUAGGCUAUCAUCCUACCGAAAUCAAAACUCCUUUCCAUGAAGACAAAGGAUAAAAUAUAUUCAGUGAAAAUACCUAAUAAUUCUCAAAUUUAAGUUAUAGAAGAUCGUUUGCUCAGUUAAACUAGCAUUUACAAGAGUGACCAA